AUGAUUAUUAGCUAGAAUAUAAAUUGUUGUGUUAGAAUAGUAUCUAGUAGUAGUCUAGUAGAAAUCAAUAGAGACUUAAGUAAUAGAGGCAGAAGAGCCUUCAGUAUAAAGCAUUAUAAAACCAAGUUAAUCGAAUAAGCCAGUGUUUGGUUAAGCGAGAUAGUAUGUUUAACAUUUUCCUCUGAUUGA